CUGAAAUACUGUUUGGCAAGUAACCUGCGGAAAAGGAGGAAAGGGAUUACAUGGCUUCAGCAAAUGCCUCCAACUUUUCAAUCGACCACAUUUUGGGAUUUGUAUCCAAUGGGAAAAGCGCGUCAACUUCGACAGCGAAUGCUCAUGUUUCCUCUUGGACUGAUUCGGUAGGCGACCUUUGCCCCAGGCCUGAAACUUACUGUAACAGUAACCCGGUUUCUCAGCGGACAGUUCCUCCGCAUCCAUACCUUUUGGAAACGCCUUAUCACUCCAUGCAGUAUGACUACUUUGGCUAUGCAUCCUUCAACUACUAUCCAUUAGGCUUCGGCCAGCGAAGUUUCCAGAACGGAGCAGGACCACAGUCUCAGUACGUCUACCUACCAGUUGACAACCUGCGGAAACGCAAUCGAAUGCGCACUGUAUUCACGGAGAACCAGACACAGAAACUGGAACACCUCUUCGGGGUCACCGACUACCCGGCAGCUGAAGCACGGGAGGAACUAGCCGUGAAGGCCGGUCUCUCCGCAGAGACAGUCAGGGCUUGA